UUUUCCCAAGGAAAUGGAGAGAAUAUGGGGGGACUAUGAAAGACUGGAAAGUGAAUUAUUUGUUCUCAGAUCGCAUUUGGAGCACUUAUUCCGAUUCGGGACGUCCCAGGAACAGACCGAGGCACACAGAGAGCUCUGGAUGAUGGAUGACAUCCUGUCUGGGCUGCGAGUCAACAAGGACAACUUCCGGGUCACCAUGGAGUCACCCAGGCACAUUACUGGAAUGCCUCCUUCUCCAGUCCUCCAGAGAAACAUCCUACAUCCUGGUGCUCCUAUCCAAUCAACCCUUGCUCUUAGCCCCAGACAAGCUAGUUCUCAAAAGGAACAUUCUAUGAAGGCGGGGUUAGAUGAAACUCCACCCCGCCCCCCUUUGCCAGUGGAGCAUCAUGGGUGGCCACGAAAGACAUCCCACAAGGCUGAGCUAAUGGCCAAUAAGAGGAGAGAGGCGGGGCUUGAGUGUCUGGACAGCAAAUCAGAGAAAGAGUCUCCUCUAAGGUCCUAUUACAGUGAACAGAUUCCACCUCUGUCUCGUCAUUCAAGCAGAAAUCUGUCUGUCUUUCAUCAAGAACAAGAAUAAGUAUUCCCAGUCUGCCCAGUGUCUCUCCCUAGCCACAGCACCCCCUCCUGGACACUGAGUGAACCUGCAGGCAAGGAAGUGGGGUCGCGCAGGGGUCGUAUGAGUGCUGAGGAGCAAAGAGAGAGGAUGAGGAGGAACCAGGAGAGGUUGGCCAAUGAGGAGAGACUGAGGAACAGCGGCCCGGCCAAUCACAGCCAGGGCAGACGGUCACCACAGCAAAGGGAGCAGUUGAGUCAUGUUGCCGCAGGCGAUCUCGUUGUCUCCUCUGGCUGUGAUGUCACAGACGGUUGCCGGGUAACGCUGGUCAGGACCUCCUUCCUGCCCUCGACCCUCACGGCUCGCCGCGUCUCUCUUGAGGACCCCUCGGGGCUGCCCGCUGCUCUGCCCGAACCGACAGCGACUCGCAGGACCCCUAGGGAGGUGCCCUCCACCCCGCCUGAGCAAAAAACCCAGAGACAGGCGGCCACCUCGCUGCCCGAGGAGAUAACAUCAUUUAGGACCCCAAGUAAGGUGCCCUCCACCCUGCCUGAGCUGCAAACAGAAUCUAGAAGAGAGGGACGGUCGGCCACAUCACUGCCUGAACAGAUGACAUCUUUCAGGACCCCAAAAAUGCCAGAACAAAUAACAGCAUACAGGACCCAGGGAGAAGCGUCCUUGACUCCGCCAGAGCGAAAAACACAGUUCAGGACCCAAAAAUCUGGGCCGCCCUCCCCGUUGCCCGUUUACACCAGAAGCAGGACCCAAGCGGAGCUUCCCUCUCCACUGCCUGCCUGCGCCACAACGAGGACCUCAAGCAGCUCGGGGUCGUCCAUCAACCUGCCUGCAGAGAAACUGGAAGCGAGGGCGGGGCUAGCUCUGACAGGGGGCAGGCUGGGUAAUGGGAGGAUCCAGCGAGCGGAGAGAGAGAGAGGAGGAGAGGGAGAGAGAGAGAUGAGGAGAGAGAGGCACUGUCCCCCAAAGGUCAUCGUGCGUGCCCCUUUCCUGAACUCCGACCCUGACCUGUCCCUGACCCCUGAAGAGAUUGCGGUCAAGCAGAGAAAAGUGGACAAAAUCCGAAGCAUGGUGACGAAGAGUGUAGCUCCGGAGAGGUGCAGUACCUCACUGAUUCCGCUAGAGGGCGACGGGGAGAGGGAGCGCAUCAUCAGCCUCUCUUUCACGCUGGCCAAUGAGGCUUCGAGGAGGAGUCGUGAGAUGGCCGCUCAGUCUUUAUUGGAACGUAGUGACUCUGAUGGCGAAGAUGAAGAUUUUUGGAAGCUUACUGAGAGAGAGAAGAAUGAAAUUCGGGGUUCCCUGAAUUUCGGGGACCCUAGCCCCGCCCCCAACACCCCGCCUCCAUCUCACGCUGCACCCGAGCGACAGGAGACCACAGGACAACCCCCCAAUCAGCUCCUGCGUAUCUCAGAAGGGCCAGCCAAUAGGAGUCCGAGCUCAGAGACGGCCACCAAUCAGAACGAAGGGCUGGAAAUGCCAGCUGGGGGUAAUCAAGGGGGGGGUGCCUCGCCCAAUCAGAUUCAACCGGACUCCAGAUCGACGGCCAGCGAAAACGAAGGGACUAACGUUUCACCCAAUCUAACCGAAGGCCUUGAAAUGUCGGCCAGUCAAAUUCGAGGGAGAGACGGCUCGCCCAAUCAGAUUCGGCUCAAAUGCAAAAUGCCGUCCAAUGAAAUGGAAGGGACUGAUGUGUCGUCCAAUCAGAAUAAAGACAAAAAUGUGGCGACCAAUGAAACUGAAGGCUUGGAAACGGCGCCCAACGAAAUGGAAGAAAGCUGCAAACUUCCGACCAAUGAAAUUGAAGGGAGGAAAACCUCGGCCAAUGAAAUCGAAGACCUCAAACUGCCGCCCAAAGAAAUUCACAUCCUGGAAGAAAUAACGACCUAUCAAGUCUUCAGCUCUGACAAACCAGCCAAUCAAAUCACAGCGGCAGAAAAGAACAACGCUUUUGUCAAACCGGCUAAUCAGGAACCAGAAACCAGAGAUCUAGCCAAUCAGAGCUCAGGAGACACUGCAGCAGAACGACCCGGCCAGCAGAGAGCCAACGGGAUCCUGUUUUACAUCCGAAAAGGGGCGGGACCUGGCCAGGAGUUAGCCAGUCCGGAUUCAGGGUUCUGUGAGGGGAACCUAACAGCCAGUGAGAGCUCGGCUUUUGAAGACAGCCGUCUGACAGUGCUGCACACCAGUCUGUGAUGUCAUAACCAUCAAAAAGAGAGAGAGAGAGAGAGGAGAGAGAGUCACUGGAUCAGAAACUCCAAACCAGAAGAGACUGAGAGA